UACAGCAUGAGAAAGUAUUGUGGUUAAAUCUACAGUUAAGUGUGCACUACACAGUGAACUUCCUGGACUCUAUUGUAGUGCGAUAUCCUUUAUAUUUUCUUAGCCAAGCUAUGCUGCAAUCUCUAAAAAUGGAAUUCGUGUUUAUAUUAACAAUGUUCAUCUCAGUCUUACAGAAAUCUGACGGAUGCAGUAGUUCUUCAUCGAAGCCACCUCCCAAUAAACCACCGACUAUAACAUGCCCAGUGGUGAACUCAACAUUUUACACGGACAAAGGUCAAGUUGUACAGUACGUCACAUGGAGUCCUGCAACAGCACGUGAUCCAGAGACGGGAAAUAUUGGCGUAAAACAAACUCAAGGAGUAUCUCCUGGAACACAAUUUGCUGAAGGCUCGUACAUGAUUUCAUACAGUGCAACGGACAGCCAAGGCGCAACUGUUUCUUGUUCUUUCUCCUUUGUCGUCACAGUUCGCAGAUGCCCAAAAGAUUUUACAAGUAUGGACCACGGCACUGCAUCUUGUCAACCUUCCAACACCCCCAACAUCUACGGCAGCCAGUGUUCAUACAGCUGUGAUGAAGGAUAUGAACUGGUUGGCUCCUCGCUAUUGGAGUGUGGCAGUAACCAGCAGUGGAACAACGUUAAGCCUAUAUGUACAGUUAUAUCAUGUGGAACACCGCCUACUGUACCCAACGGAGUCCUACGUUGUCCCAGCACUUCCUAUCAAUCGACUUGUACAUUGUCCUGUAAUGCUGGAUACAAGACAGAUACUUCCACAAUAAGAUGUCAGGCAAACAAACAAUGGACUGUUCCAGGAAAUUGUAUCGAUAUUGAGCCGCCAACGAUAAAAUGUCAGGCACAAAUUGACGUCUUUGCUGGUCCAAAGUUAUCUAAGUCCAAAGUUUCCUGGACAACGCCAAAUGCAACAGAUAAUUCUGGGGUCGUCCUUGACCUUACAAGUGAUGUCCAGUCAGGGUCUCUUUUUGACAUAGGUCAAACACUUGUAACCUUCACAGCUAAGGAUGCAACGAACAACAUGGGAAUUUGUGUUACAGCGGCUAACGUAAUAGUCAAACGCUGUUCUGAUAACAGCGCGGUAACGAAUGGUAUUACGAACUGUUCCUAUGGAAACGCAUAUGGCUCUGAAUGUACAACCACGUGUAACCAAGGUUACGAACUAGAAUCAACAUCAACACAAACUUGUUUGGAGAAUCAAACAUGGAGCGAUGUAAAACCUUUUUGUAAACCAAGGGUUUGCAGUACGCCCCCGCAAGUAGCAAAUGGAAACAUUGUUUGCCCUGAUGGACACACUUACCAGUCUGUAUGUAAUCUAAACUGUAACCAAGGCUACCAAGCCUUACAGCCUUCAACUAUUCAGUGCGAUAUAAACAUACUGUGGACACAACCUGGCUCUUGUCUAGACGUCGAGCCUCCAAGUUUCCCCACCGGAUGUCCAGCCAGUUUUGAAGUUCCAGCUGCCAGACUUGGAGAAUCUACGUACGUCACCUACCAGUACCCUAACGUGACGGACAACUCGGGUCAAAGUGUAGUUGUGGUCGGCUCUCCUGUGUCUGGUGCCAGAUUUAACAUCGGUACAACAACUGUCAAUAUAACUGCCACAGACGCACAAGGCAAUACCAAAUCCUGCACUUUUCAAAUAACAAGCAAACCCAGAGAAUGCCCUGCGCCAAACCUGGACAACACAGGAACAAUCUCCUACAACUGUUCAAACGGCUACGUCUACGGAGCAGAGUGUACAGUGAACUGUAUUGAGGGAAACCCUGUCAUAGGUCCAGGUUCUAUUGUGUGUGACAUCAGCAGUAAUACAAACGGUAUCCAGUGGGUGUGGCCGGGAAAUUUUAAACCUUAUUGUAAAGCCCAGACCUGCAGCCGACUGCCCUCCCCCACCAACGGUGCUAUGAGCUGUGAGAAGUUGAGUCCAGCCGGUGAAGUCUGUGCCAUCAUGUGCAAUACAAACUUCACUUACCCGGCCUCUGCACCUACACAGUAUACAUGUUCCCCAUCUAUGGGCAUUUGGAAGCCUAAAUCUUUUGUACCUGGAUGCAAGGCACACAUCAGACCUGGAGAACUGAUGACAAUGCCGAACAUUUACUAUUUUUCUGGAACCUGCAAUAAGAAUAGAACAGAUAUAAAAGAGAAGUUCAUGGGAAUUUUAUUGAGCUUGGGACUUGAGGACAUAUGUGAGAACCGUUGUUCCGUGAACGGUAUUGACGUCACUUGUGGUCCUGUUAUCAAUGCUAAGAGAAAGAAGCGUUCAGGAAUGCCGUUUGAAUACAAGAUUUCAGCACAUAUCACAUUCGGCAAGCUAAAUACCAGCUCGCCUUUACGUUACUUAGGGAAUUUGGUCCGCACAGUGAAUGAAUAUCUGGUGAACAAGUUAGAUUCAGGGGAUUUUUAUGUUCCCAAUCUGGGCAUGCAAUACAUGACUGAAAAGGGUAAAGUCGUCGUUUUAUGUGAACCAGGGACUCUUUUUAUUCACAGGACAAUGUCAUGUGCCGGCUGUGGCCCAGGCCACAUGUACACCAAUGAGACCAACAGCUGUACAGCCUGUCCACCAGGGACAUACCAGGACCAGGAGAUUUCAUUCAGCUGUAGACCUUGUCCUAGUGGGACUUACACCAAGCAGGGCAUGGCUACGUAUUUAAACAUGUGUGAAAAGUCGCUCUAAUAUUAUCAUAGUAUUUGAAUGUGAAAAGAUCAACCAGCAUUACAAAAGUACCAAUUUAAUAACGUACAUACACAUUGUCCAGGUGAUUCAUUAUUGGGCGAUUCCCCUGACACUCCAGUGCUUUUUCUUCUUGGUCGACUAUUUCCAUUUUGCUUCCGCCUUUGCACUUUCUAAUCUUUGGGGUUACAGUCCAACAUAAUUAUGUCUGUUCCUGUUAUUUGAUGCUUUCUGCGUUUUAUUCAAUUUAUCAUCAUUUACUUUUUUUGUAAAAUAAAAUAUAUCGCUCAUUACG